UCUUAACCAUAGUUUUGUGCUUAGACUGUGAUCUAAAUUCGCGGGUUUAAUUUGUAUUUUAAGAACAAAAAUACGUCGAGUUAAUUGUAUAAAAUGAGAAUAUAAAACAGAUCAUUUCGUCCGGCUUUACAUUUGAAGAUCCUACUAAUGGAAGUAGAAAACCUCAUUUACCCGCCCAAUAAACCUUUAGAGCGGGUUCUAUUGCAAUCGGAAGAACCCGUUUUAUAUGAUUAUUUGUCUAUUGUUGAUGUCAACGAUAAAGGAGAGUUCAUAUUAGGAUGUUCGAAUGUAUCGGGUGGAUACUGGGAAAGUUCUCUUUUCUUUUAUAAUAAUGAUACAGCGGCACUUAGUAAUGAGUACUCUUCUUACUUUAGGGGUACAGCAUCUAUAUCUGACGCGAUAUUGAUACCAAACACUACCAAGAUUUUGUUGGCCGAAGAUACUUUAAGUUUAAAAUUAGUAGACACCACUAACUCGCCUUCUUUGUUGAAAUGCGAAGAUUUCCUAUUUACAAAUGCGCUAGUUCAACAGUUAGCUGCUUGGCAUACAAAUAAAAAGAUUGUGGGUUGCGCCGAUACUCAGGUUACCAUUUGGAAUGCUAGUAAUGGCCUCGAACUCCUUGCCGAAUUUAAAAAUAUACAUACGGAUGUUAUCAAGUCCGUUUCGGUUAACAAAACUGACAAUAAUUUGUUCGCAACAGCGAGCAUGGAUAAACAGGCUUGUGUAUGGGACGAUCGUAUGAAGCAACCUGCCGCAGUUUUGUAUCAAAAUCAUUUUUGUGGACUGACGAGUGUCGUUUGGAAUCCCAGAUGUUCUCAACAGAUUGUUAUCGGCAGUAAAGCUGGUGAACUUUACAACAUCGACGUUAGACAACCUAAAGAGUUUUUAACUUAUCAUCACUGUUUUGAUUCCCCGAUUCACCGUUUGAAAUUUAACGAAUUAGGCAAUUUAGCCAUGUGCGGCGAUAGAACCGAAGUGAUGAUAUUCAACUGUGAAGAGAAUUUUAAUUUGCUACAUAAAGCAAAUAAGCAUUCGUCGUAUGUUCGUGGAAUUGCGUGGUUGGAAAAUGUUUUGUACAGUUGCGGAUUCGAUAAACAUAUAAUAAAGCAUGUAUUUUGAGCGAGUGUAGGUAUUUGCAUAAACAACGAUGAUUUACAAAUAAACUUUAAUCAGUAACUUGA